AUGGCUCGCUUGGGAUUCUACGGGGUUUUGAUGGGGCUUUGGGGGUUUAGCGCCGCUUCUUGCCCUACAUCCUGUACUUGCAGUACCUCGAGGAUUGUAUGUAUCGAACAAGACCCGGGGAUCGAGGAUUUCCCCAAAUUGGCGGAGGAGAGUGACAUGGAAAACAUCACAGAUAUAUUCAUUACAAACCAGGACAGAUUAUAUACAAUCAGUGAAUCACAUAUGAAGUCCUACUUCAAUCUCAGGAAUCUAACUGUGACAAACUCUCAACUGUCAUCAAUAUCUCCGAAAGCCUUUCUCUACAAUGCCAGACUUCAGUAUCUAAAUCUCAAAGACAAUAACCUGUCAACGUUAUCAUGGAAAGCGUUCAAAAAUUCAAAUAUGUCAUAUUUGUACUUAUCUGGCAACCCUCUGCAGUGUUCUUGCGAGAACAUGUGGAUUAAGUUGUGGCUGGGCCUGGAUGAGACUGAGAAUCAGGAGCUCCAGUGUUUUUAUGAGGGAGGCAUAAAGUCUCUGUCCAGACUGUCCCCGGCAGCCUGCGAACCUCCCACAGCCAAUGUGGAACCAUCCAUUCUCACUCAGAUGAAUGGAACCGAUGCCACAGUGGUCUGCACCGUCUCAGGACAUCCCACCCCAGAGUUCACGUGGAACACCGACACCCUGGCAACCAGUGUUGAGGUGUACCCGUCCAAGCUGGAGUCCAGUCUGUUCCUCAGCAGGCUCUCGCCAGCGGACAACGGCCGGGAAAUCACCUGCAGCGCCGAGAACGUGGUGGGACAGAAGGAGGCCACCCUGCAGCUCAACGUCCUCUUCCCUCCCACCAUCGUGCACCUGCAGGAGCCACGUCAGAACGCGCACUGGUGCAUCUUCUUCCUGGUGCGCGGCAACCCCCUGCCCAGGCUGGAGUGGUACCACGGCGGCGAGCGGCUCAUCGAGCACGGCUACGUGCAGACGCGCAUCUACGAGGAGAAGGAGAGCGAGAAGGAGGGCUGUCUGGAGCUGCAGAACCCCACGCACAUCCACAACGGCGAGUACAAGCUGGUGGCGGUGAACACGUACGGCACGGAUGAGAAGAGGGUGGAGGCCCAUUUCAUUCCCCCUCCGCCGUAUGAAAGUACUGGUAUUAAAGGAAUAUUUCAGUAUUUUACACUUUAAGCCCAAACUCCACCCCCACUAUCUGAGGACAAGGUGGCUGUGUAUGCUGUGGUUGGAGUGGCUGGUGUCGCACUGACAGGGUGCAUCCUCAUGCUCGUCAUUCUAAAGUACGGGAGGAACUCAAAGUUUGGCCUUAAAGGCUCCUCAUCCGUCAUCAGUAACGAUGAUGACUCCGCCAGUCCUCUCCACCACGUCUCCAACGGCAACAACACCCCGUCGUCCUCGGAGAUGGGCCCUGACGCCGUCUUUAUCGGAAUGACAAAGAUCCCAGUCAUCGAGAACCCGCAGUACUUCCGCAACACUGGCAGCCUUCUGAAGACGGACACGUUUGUGCAACACAUCAAGCGCCACAACAUCGUCUUGAAGAGAGAGCUGGGAGAAGGCGCUUUUGGGAAGGUUUUUCUGGCAGAGUGCUACAGUUUGUCACCAGACCAGGACAAGAUACUGGUGGCUGUCAAGACACUGAAGGAGGCCAGCGAGAGUGGCCGGGCGGAUUUCUACCGCGAGGCCGAGCUGCUGACCAACCUGCAACACGAGCACAUUGUCACCUUCUACGGCGUGUGUGUGGAGAGCGACCCCCUUAUCAUGGUAUUCGAGUACAUGAAACACGGUGACCUCAAUAAGUUCCUCAGGGCCCACGGUCCGGAUGCGGUGCUGAUGGCGGACGGUCAACAGAGCGUGAUGGUGGAGCUGACCCAGUCCCAGAUGCUGCACAUCGCGCAGCAGAUUGCCGCAGGCAUGGUCUACCUGGCCUCGCAGCACUUCGUCCACAGGGACCUGGCCACACGCAACUGCCUGGUGGGGGAGAACUUGCUGGUCAAGAUCGGCGACUUCGGCAUGUCGCGGGACGUGUACAGUACUGACUACUACAGGGUGGGAGGCCACACCAUGCUGCCCAUCCGCUGGAUGCCCCCAGAGAGCAUCAUGUACCGGAGGUUCACCACCGAGAGCGACGUAUGGAGUCUGGGCGUAGUGCUCUGGGAGAUCUUCACCUACGGCAAGCAGCCCUGGUACCAGCUCUCCAACAACGAGGUCAUUGAGUGCAUCACCCAGGGCAGGGUGCUCCAGCGACCUCGCACCUGUCCCAAGGAAGUGUACGAUCUGAUGCUGGGCUGCUGGCAGCGUGAACCCUACAUGAGACUCAACAUUAAAGAGAUCCACAGCCUCCUGCAGAGCCUGGCCAAAGCAUCGCCAGUCUACCUGGACAUCCUGGGCUAGCGAGCUAUCUGGCUCUGGCCACGCCUAGGCCCAGGGAGAGAGAACACAAGGAUGCUUUUCGUCUGUCAAUGAGAGGGUGAAGUUUGGAGAUGCGUGUUUGAGUGUGUGUGUGUGUGUGUGUGCGUGUGUGUGCGUGCGUGCGUGCGUGCGUGCGUGCGUGCGUGCGUGCGUGCGUGUGUGUGUGUGUGUGUGUGUGUGUGUGUGUGUGUGUGUGUGUGUGUGUGCGUGUGUGUGUAUGUGUAUGUGUGUGUGUGAGAGACAGAGAAAGAGAGAGAGAGAUGAUUGAGUUGUGUGCAUUUAUGUGUAUGCACAACGCAACGGAGAGCAAAUGGGAAAAAAUGAUGUGUGACCUUGUGUUUGUGAGUGAGUGCGUGUGUGUGUGUGUGUGUGUGUGUGUGUGUGUGUGUGUGCGUGCGUGCGUGCGUGCAAGUGUGCGUGUCUGUGUGUGGUUGUUCCUGCCUCUUCACCACAUAGACAAAGGCCUUAAAUUUGAUUGUGAUGAUUUUUUUCCCCCUUUUGAUUUGAGUUUUUGCUUUCCGAGAGGUAUUCUGAUCUGCCCAGCGUUUGUCCUCUUGUAGUCUCUGUGUGUGCAGGGGAGGAACAAAGGAAAUACUGACUUCUGUAAAUACUCUUCUUCUUUUUUUCCGUCUUUAUGGACCACAUAACGAAGCUCAAUUUUUUUCCUUCUCCUUCUAUCAAAAGGAAAGAAAACUUUAUGGAGCAACAUGCAAAAUGGGAAGCAAAAAAAAAAAAAAAGAUGCAGAAAAUGAACCCAUUGCAACAAAACCCAGGCCUACUGCUUAUGUGUGUUCUAGGGUAAAACAAACGUACUGUAGAUAUGAGUAACUGUGAAAAACAAAACGGGACUUGUCCGGUUGUGGGAGGGAAGGGUUUGAGUGUUUUUUUUAAAUUAUUAUUUUGUUUGAUUUCACUGUCAAUUUUUAUCAUGUAAUUACUUAUGAGUAACCUGGAACAUCAGUGCCAUUAAUGUUUUGUUGAG